CCCGCGUUCAGAGUUGAGCGGAAAUAGCAAGAGUGUUUUUCCUCUAUUUAAGCGCGCCACCAACGACUGCGCAGUGCGCAUCGCGUACGCGGCACGGUUGUGUUGCUGUAGUUCCAGCAAGCCUCCGAAAGAUGUCCGAGGAAAGGUCUGUCGCGUCGAGCUCUGGGAGUGGCGUGGAUGAGAAGCCGUGCUCGUCGUCAGCACCUGCAACCGAGCGCUGUUCUGGUGACGUCAUGGAGGAGGCAAAGAAGCUCAUCGGCACAGGCAACCGACAUCUCGUGAUGGGUGACAUUGUCGCUGCAGUCCGUGUCUUUCAGGAUGCAUGCAGCCUGUUAGCUGCCAGGUAUGGAGACACGGCAGAUGAAUGUGGUGAGGCCUUUUUCCUGUGUGGGAAGUCCCUACUUGAGCUUGCCAGGUUGGAGAGCACAGUCCUUGGGAAUGCCCUGGUAGGGGUCCCAGAAGAAUCUGAUGAUGAUGAUGAUGAGGAGGAGCAGCCCAGUGACUCAAAUAUUGAGAGCGCCAAUAACCUUGACGAAAACACUCGCGAUGAGCUUCGAAAGCAGGUGUAUGACGCAAUGGCGGCCGAGCCUGAGGCGGCACGCUGCCGCGUGGAGAGCGGCGCAGAGGUGAAGCGACAAAAUGGACUCGCGGAGUCGCCGGCGGAACAAGCUGGAGCCCACUCUGGAAAGCCCUUUGACUUCCAAUUGAAUGGAGGAGCCAAGAGCGCGGCUGAGGAAGCUCAAGUCAACGGAGUAGUGAACGGCACCGGGGGGGCGGCCGAGUCUCCCGAAAAGGAAGCUGUGGCCAAGACGGAAGACGCUGAGGCUGAGGCUGAGGCUGAGGCUGAGGCUGAGGCUGAGGCUGAGGCUGAGGCUGAGGCUGAGGCUGAGGCUGAAGAAAGCAGCGACUCCAAACUUGAGAAAGAAGCAGAGGAUGAAGACGACGAGAAUGGGGAAGUGGACAAAAAUGGUGACAAGGAGGAGGAGGAGGAGGAGGAGGAGGUUGGCAAUCUGCAAUUGGCUUGGGAAAUGCUGGAGGUGGCCAAGGUCAUCUUUAAGAGAAAGGAAAACAAAGAGCAGCAGCUCAUGGCAGCCCAGACCUUGUUGAAACUUGGAGAAGUUGGCGCAGAAGCAGGAAACUAUCCUGAGGCACUGGAAGAUUUCCAGGAAUGUUUGGCCCUGCAGCUCAAGCACCUUCCUCCUCACAGUCGUCUGCUGGCCGAGACCCAUUACCAUGUCGCCGCCAUGCAUUGCCACAUGGACAAGUAUGGGGAGGCCGUUCGACACUACAACAGCUCCGUAGAAGUGAUUGAAACCCGCUUGGCCAUGUUGCAGAACUUGAUUGAUGCGGCAGAGAGCACCGAAGAGGCGACCGCUGAGAUGGAAGAACUGAAGCAGCUUCUGCCAGACAUUCGAGAAAAAAUAGAAGAUGCUGAAGAAAUCCACAAAACAGACUGUGCUGCCAUCCAACAGACGCUUGGCGGCGCUUCAACCUCAUCAGCCUCCCGGAGUGAAAAUGGCAGCGCUUCAACCUUUGCCGGCCCCACCACACAGAUCCCGACGAAAUGGACGGAUGGAGCAUCAUCUUCUAAAGUGGCCUCAGACAUUUCUCACCUAGUUCGGAAAAAGAGGAAACCAGAGGAGAAGAGCCCAGUCAAGGACACUGAUGCUAAGCAGACCAAACAGGAAGCUACACUUAAUGGCACUGGAGACUCUAGUGCCAACAAUGGAGUUGAGGAGCAAAAAUCACAGGAGCCUGCGCUCCAGUCUUCAGCGUGAGCGGCCCCCUGGAUCCUGUUUUUUCAAGACCAGCAUGCUUCUUGUUGUAAAUAAGAUCCAUUUUCAUAGCUUUGUCUGUCCAGUUUUGUAUACUUGCAGUAAACCGAUUUGCAAAUAAAUGAAUUGAAACCAA